CACGCAGAUGGUGUUUCUGAAGGAGGGGAGACUUACGAUUCGGAUGAUUUGGACUGUAUGUCAAGCAACCCAUGUUUCUGAAUAUGUUCUCAAGUGUGUAUGUCCGUUAACUUCUUUCCCAUGUCUGAUCCACGUAUAGCGCCCAUUGCUCUCUCGCCUAGAGCAUCGCCACUCAAGAUAUCACGAAAAGCAUCACCGUUCCAAAAUAAAUCAGUAACAGCCGGCGUUAAGCGACGACAACGCAGCUCUGGUACCACAACCGUCAUAUCAGCACCACCAAAACGAAAUCGAAACCCCAAUGUCAAAGUCACCACUCGACGAAUACAGCCUGUUCCUCGCGAUGAAGAGGGACGGCCCAUCAUGCCACUCCACAUUGGCGUCUUCACUGUUGAAGAUUUUGGUCACGUCGUUUGGGACAGGCCUGGCUUUCACACCGAGCGAUACAUAUGGCCAGUUGGGUAUACUAUUACUCGAAGCUAUCCUUCCAUGAUCGACGCAAAUAGCCUAACUACCGUGCGAGCUACCAUUCUUGACGACGGAGGUCAUCAACCAUUAUUUAAAAUCGAAUGUGAGGAUUGUCCGAAUGAACCCAUUGUGGCUAACUCGGCAACCGGCGCAUGGACGGCUAUGGUGAAACGGGCCAAUGAAGUCCGUGGCGUCCUUCGCACAAACUCGGCAAGCGGUCCUGAUUAUUAUGGAUUAGGCCAUGCAACCAUUGCAAGUCUGAUUCAAGAACUCGACGGGGCAAGCAAGUGCAAAGACUACGUUUGGCAACAAUUUGAAGCUAUGCAAGACCGUGCCGCCAAGGGGGUUAUGAAAGCUUGUGCGAAGAAGCGGGGUAAUUUGGAAAAACUAGGUAGUGUGAAAUAUCGUAUGGCUCAAAAAUCAGGCAUCGUACCUUCCAGCCUGGUUGGAACUACCGCUACGGACCGUGAAGAUCAUCCGGAUGAGUUGGAGCAAGAUGUUGACAUGGAAGCAGAUAGUUCGAUCCUGAUGGAUGAAGAUGACGAAGAGGAGCAAGAUGAAGAAGUCGACGAGCUAGAAGAUUUUGAAGACGACGACUCAGCUAACUUAUAUCCUAUCUAGUUAUUUCACUCCCCCCCCCCUUCCCCUUCCAUCACUGUUCUUAACCUUUAAUUAAUACGUGUGUGUGUGUGUGUGUGUGUGUGUGUGGUAUUUUUUUAUUCUAUUAAUUGCCAGUGAGUGCAGCCAGGAAAAAUAAUCUUGUAUAAUUGCUU